UCUCCACACUACCCACAGUUCGCUUCUCAUCAGUCAUUGUUUUAUGGUAAAUCAUCAAAUCAAUCAUUUUCCCCGAUAUCGGGCGAUACGGGGGAAAGAGGAUACGCUUUGAACGAUUCAUCCCCCAUUCCGCAUCCUCUUUCACAAUUUUCUCUGAUUUUGAUGUUGAUUUCCGCAACGAUUAAGGAGAAAUCUUUAGACAUUUUACUCUCACAUGCGGAUUCUGGAUCAUUUCUCUCCGUUAAUUAUCUUUUUCUCUGUUCUCGAUUUGUACCUGAGAUCUUUACAGAUUUUUCUAGAGUUUCUUGUCAUGGACAGCGCUUGGUUGAUGGAGUUCAUGUGUCGGAAGAGUGAUCGGUUCGGGUUUGGAUUCGGGGCGUUUGAAUGUUUGAGACAAGCUUGCAAUGUUUUGUGUUUAUUGUUCGUGUUUGGGUUUGGGCUGAAGAUGCUGCGACAUGGGUCUCACUGCGAGGGUUUGAUUCGAUUGUUGUGCGGGCUUAAUCGGAAAUCAGAUGAUGCGAGGAAGGGGAUUCGUUGUGAUCCUAAUUUGUUGUUGUUGCAUUUCAAGCGUAAUUUUUUGAGACCUUUGAAGGAUUCGAAUUUAGUAAGCAUGGAUAAAUUAGGGGAGAGCAAGGAAGCUGGGAGCAUUAGCAGUGAAUUAAAAGCAGAUAGUGUCUUAGAAGAAGAUGCUGAUGUUGAUGAAUAUGAAGGAUAUGAUGUCAUGGCAUUGCGCAAGAUGAUCGAGACUGAAAGGCGACGAGCAAACGCCGCCUGUUUGGAGCUUGAGGAGGAAAGGAUGGCGUCUGCAUCUGCUGCUGAGGAGGCAAUGACCAUGAUUUUGCGCCUUCAACACGAGAAGAGUUCUGUACAACUGGAAGCGCAACAAUUUCGCCGCAUGGCCGAGCAGAAACAGCAUCACGAUCAAGAAGUCAUUCAGUUUUUGAGUGAGAUUGUUAUGGGAUACGAGUCUAAAAUCAAAUUAUUAGAAGAUCAAUUAAAGUUGUGUUUGCAAAAGCUGCAACACUAUGUGAAGUCUGAUGAAGGGGAUGUAUCCGAAGAAGUUGAUCUGGAUUUCAUCAAUUCCACUGUGGAAUUUGAUCUUGAUAGUGAUAUGCUGAUUAGUUCUCUUGAACAUGGACUUGGUGCCGUUGUAAGUUCUUAGAAGUCUUCUUGACCCAAGUAAGUAAUUUGGAGAUAGAAGGAAUUAUUGAAUGAAUAUUGAACAAUAACUAUGUAGCUCUAUACUUGCUGAUAUAGUUCUUGAAAAUCCAUCUUAACAUUGAGGCAUUUGUCACA